GUGCCGUUUCGAGGAUUGUUGCGGUGCAAACAACAAGAUAAGCUGGAUAUGUGCAUUUGUAUUGCCUGGAAAAGUUUCUCGAUCUUCCUGCACUUAUUCGAGAUCUCAAUUUUCGCGUCGACAAUCGUAGCUUGCCGAAGGAAAUAGGACGCAUCAAUCGCAUGAGCCUGGGCGAACGCAAUGUAUUUGCUGUCGCUCGAAAGUUUCUCAAAGCUUGCAAUAUUCCUGGCGAGCUUUCGGGCGAAAAUACCAACCACGCUAGACUCAGCCAGAUUUUGAAGGAUUAUCCACGGUUAAGAAAUGAUAAAUCUAACGCCAGCCAUCCUAGCCAAGAGCAAAGAAAUGGGACGGAAGGCGCCUUUCGUCAUGAGGGCAGUUUCACGCAUCUUCUGCACCUCGCAAAGCUUGACGAGGAACCCUGCAUCAGACAACGAAUAAGAAACGCAAGAGGUAACAAGGGGACCAUGAUCAAUAAUCAUUUGGGCAACUUAGACUUCCAGAUCCGAGAGAGAGAGUAUGCCGCAAGCCAAAGAAAACUGAAGGGCAUUACGGGUACAAGAAAGAGGAGACAAUCCGCUAUGGGUGGUAAUGACUCGGAUGGAGACUCCGAGGGAAGGUAUAAGGGAACGAUCAACGAAGCAAGUGGAAGCGGAGGGUCUAUGCAACAAAUUCGACUACCCGUGAAGCGCUUAAGGAAGUGAACAAGCACCCACACUAUAUUUUGGGCAUCCCGUAUUUUCAAUGCUAAAC